AUUCCUUUAACCAAUGUAAUGUUACCAAGGUCGUGUAUCAAAUUCUACUUCUAUGGAUGUUGUUAUAUGUUUAUAAUCUGUGUGUUUGUUUUCAAAUCUCUUUCAUUACGUGAUGUAAAUUCGGUUAUAACGUUGGAUUUUUAAUUGUAAAUAAAAAAGGAAUACACCGCCUAUUAAAGUUGAAGCGAUGGAAUCCAAUUCACUUCCAGUCGAUAAAGAAAAAUCUUUUAUUCUUAAGAAACUUUUAGAGUCAUUGAUACAUUCUGGUAAAGAUCAUUUGAAUAAGGAAGAACUCAAUAAAGUUCUUCAGAUAUGUGGAGAAAAUACUGAAUACAUAAAGCAGUCUUUCAAGUACAUCUUUAAGCUUUUGGAAAAGAAACAUGCUGAAAUACGUUUUAGUUCUGCACAAGUUUGCCAUGAGUUAUUUAUGAAAUUUGUAGAGUUUCGAAAACUUGUAAUUUCUGACUUACAUUUGUUCUUCAAAUUCACAAUGGGUAUAAGAGCUACAGAACCAUUGCCGCCUCCGAUAUCUACUGCCAAUAAAUUAAAAAAACAUUCUAUGCAAUAUUUUCUUGAAUGGCACCAAAAAUUUAGCAGUAGAUAUUUCAAAUUGAAACUAGCUCUGGAAUAUCUCGAUGAAAUUGAACAUGUUGAUUUUAGAACUUUUGAAAUUGUAGAUCCCAAAGAAAGAAAGAAAAGAGAAGAAAAAGAAAAAACCUCUAAGAAGCUGAUGAAAGCUAGAAUUGAAAAACUUAGUGGGGAAAUGAAAGAUUUAAUUCCUGAAAUCAGGUGUACUUUAACUUCUUUGGAAUCCUGUUUUGAACUUCUUUUGCCCUCACCGGGCAAUGAUGAAUAUGAUGAGGAAUGUUCUAAUUAUGAAGAAGAUAUGAGACUUUUUGGUGUUGUUAAUCCAAAGCACGUGGUACCAGUAGAAAUAAAAUUAAGUGAUAAGGUUCCAAUUAAAGUUGAUGAUGAAAACAGAGAUAUCAUAGAUGCUGCAAAGGAUGCAUAUAUAUUAAUAAAUAAUCGUUUUUUGCCAAAAGUGAAAGCAUGGAUUGAAAUAAUAAACAAAGGAGAAGAUGAAAGACAUGAUCUUAAGGAAGCCACAGUUUUAUGUAAACAAUUGGAAAAUGCCAUAACAAAAUAUCAUAGGUUGGACAUUAUUAAUGAAAAGAAAGAAGUUAAAGAAGAUGAGGUAUCUACUGACAGCGAGUUAGAGGAAGUUGAGGAGCCAAAGCCACCUCCGAAGAAAAAAAUUCCCAUUGAGGAUUCAUUGUUCUCAACUUCUUCAGAAGUUAAAAUAAAAGAAAAAAACAAGACAAGCCAGGUUGAAAAAGUUCCAAAAUCUCAGCCUGGGCCAAGUGGUGUUCAAAUUAACGACAGGAAAAAAAAGUUAUUGGAAGUAGCUCCCAAACUUCCGUUCGAUAUUGAUCUAUACCAUUGGGAAGAUGAAAAAUUACCUACACCCACUAUGAUAGCUACUAACACUGAAGGUGCCAGAUUUUGGGGUGGAGGAAGUGAUGAUCUGGUUGAAUUGCCUAUACCCGAUGGUGCAUCUGCAUUAAGAACCAGAGUGAUAGAGUUUACUGGUGAGUGGAAUCCUGUUAAUCACACUUGUAGAGCUCCUCUGUCUUCUGGAAAGCUUUGUCCUCGGCAGGAUCGUGUAAAAUGUCCCUUUCAUGGAUUAAUUGUUGAAAGGGAUGAUACUGGAAAAAUUUUAAAUGAGGAAGAUGAAGAGAAAGUCAGUAAAACUAAACCGAAAGAUGUACCUGACUGGCAGGACCCAAAGUUAUUAGCAGAGAUCAAGGCUCAAACAGGAAUAGAUUUAAAGAUGCCAGAAAAGGGUAAAAGGAAAAAGAAGAAAAAGAAAUAUCCUGGCCUUACUGAUCUCAAUGAGAAAAAGAACACGCCAAUGAACAGAAUAUCAAAAAAAAUCUUCAACAAGAAAGCUAUGGCGAGAGUUGCUGCCACUCUAGAUAAAAUUGAUAAAAAGAAGCAUAGGGAUAAAUUUGGAGACCAAUUCAAUUAUGUACAUGGUACAUAACAUUGAAACCAAUUACUCACAACUUAAAUGAAAAUAAAUUAGAUUUUUAUAAAUUAAAUAUUUUUAUGUAAAUAUAUAUAUUUCAAAAUGCAAUAUCGAAUUAAAAAAAAUAACAUAAAUUUUGUGAAUAGUAUAAUAUGAAUUAAACACUAUAAAAUAAGAUUGUUCUAACAAGAUCUUGUUAGAACCUCGGCUUUAAUAUUUAUUAAUUAUUUAUAACUUUAAUUUAUUAUUAAAAUGUUGAUGAAUGUACAAAAUUCAGUAAUGUAAAUAUUAUAAAUAAAAGUGUAUUGUUAA